AAGUUGCAUACUUUGAAAUGGUUAUUACCUUUAGAAUGUUUAUUACCUCGCGAAUAACCAUCGCAUAUUCCUUUAAAACAAAGAUGAAGAGUUAUAUUCUUGCAUUUGACUCAAGAGAAGUCUUUGCCCACUCCCAGUCUCGUACCCAGACGUCGCGCGAUGCAUGACGGUCAGGAUGCGGUUUCGGGGUCGGAAUUCGCUUGACGUCUGGCAGAACUCAGGAAAUAUAUUUUUCAAAUAUCUUGCAAGCAGCGUUUUUAUGACCGUUUUUUUUACUUUUUUUGUGCACAAGUCUAAGGGCCUACCUACACACACUCGUUGUAAACCAUUUAGUUUUAUUUUCGGUGGUUCCCUGUUCAAUUAGACGGUAUUUUAAUUUCGUAAAACCCAAGACGGCGGACGACACUGGUGAGCUCGAUACAUCAUUUCAUGAAAUGAAUUUGGAGGUCUGAAUGUUCUGGCACUCAUUUGAACUCAUACUGCUCUGGUUGGAUUGUAUUUAUCACAAAUAUACACUUUCAGAGAUAUAAUUCGAGCACAAAUUGUCUUUAUGUUCCCUAGAAGAAGCUCUAGAGCGAGGAAGUCGGUAUUCGCACAUGAUCUUACGCCGAAUUCCAAACUCCAGAAAAGUAUUUAGGCUAUUUCUGUACUUGUCAUGUGCACAUGGAAUUUUACAGGCAAGAAAUGCAGUAUGGAUAGGUCCUUCUUCGUCUGUGAAAAUUCGUAACAUUUUUGCUCGCCGAUUUCGUCCGCCAUCUUGGAUCUGUAAUCUGCCAGUCGUUAUUUUUUUUCCGUCUUCGCUUCAGGAUUCCUGUGGAUAUCCGCGCAACAGCAAAUAACGACUGGGUACGAGUCUGAAUGCCAAGUUGACCGUUUGAAAGCGUACUCCCUGUUUUCCUGCUGGCGCUACUUGUCUCUCGGCUUGUCCGCCUGCAGCACGGCACCGUAAGGGUCUUAAGAAUUCUUUGCAAAAACUUUCAAUGGAUGUUAUAUAGAUAACAGGAUUCACUGCGGAGUUGAAGAUAAAAAGCGCCACGUAGAUGAAAGAGUAGGCAUUUUCAAAGACACGUCGUCCGAGAACAUGAUCCAACAAAUUUCACAAGGUGUUGAAGCCAAAGAUUACGAAGAAGAUAGUCGUCAUUGCAAGUAUUGCAGCAACAGUUCUCCUGUUUCUUUCCUUCCUUAGUCGGAUGGCCGCAGCUGAGAUGUGAGCUGCGACCUCUUCGUCUUUAUUCCAUAAUGUCUUUACAAUCUUGAAAUACAGGGCGAAAAUGACAAUAGCGUGAAACAAGAAGAUGAGAAGCACUAGCAUAAACCGCCUGUACCUUCAGGUUUGUCGGGUGCUUCUCCUAGCACUAGCAUAACCGCCUGUACCUUCAGGUUUGUCGGGUACUUCUCCUAGCACUAGCAUAACCCCCUGUACCUUCAGGUUUGUCGGGUACUUCUCCUUGCACAUGCCGUCCUAGAAUCCGUCUCCAUAAAUGGAUAAGAAGCACUAGCAUAACCGCCUGUACCUUCAGGUUUGUCGGGUGCUUCUCCUAGCACUAGCAUAACCGCCUGUACCUUCAGGUUUGUCGGGUGCUUCUCCUUGCACAUGCCGUCCUGGAAUCCGUCUCCAUAAAUGUCGGGAGAUGCGAUGAUAGCUAUUCCAACCAACCAGCAGAUAGGAACAAGCCAUUUCAGCCUGUUAUAAGAAAUGCGCCAUUCUUGCUUAAGAGGAUACACGACGGCGAAGACCCUUUCAAACGCGAUGACCAUCAGUAAUGUGGGGGAGACGUCGGCCGAAAACCACACUGCUUGGGGUGAUUUACAAAGACGUCGGCUAACAUCGGGUUGUGCUGUUGGAGAGUGAACUGAUGAAGGUUGAUUUACAAAUGGCGUCGGCUAGUAUCGGGCUUGUGCCGUUGGAGAGUGAACUGAUGAAGGUUGAUUUACAAAUGACGUCGGCUAGUAUCGGGCUUGUGCCGUUGGAGAGUGAACUGAUGAAGGUUGAUUUACAAAUGGCGUCGGCUAGUAUCGGGCUUGUGCUGUUGGAGAGUGAACUGAUGAAGGUUGAUUUACAAAUGGCGUCGGCUAGUAUCGGGCUUGUGCUGUUGGAGAGUGAACUGAUGAAGGUUGAUUUACAAAUGGCGUCGGCUAGUAUCGGGCUUGUGCUGUUGGAGAGUGAACUGAUGAAGGUUGAUUUACAAAUGGCGUCGGCUAGUAUCGGGCUUGUGCUGUUGGAGAGUGAACUGAUGAAGGUUGAUUUACAAAUGGCGUCGGCUAGUAUCGGGCUUGUGCCGUUGGAGAGUGAACUGAUGAAGGUUGAUUUACAAAUGACGUCGGCUAGUAUCGGGCUUGUGCCGUUGGAGAGUGAACUGAUGAAGGUUGAUUUACAAAUGACGUCGGCUAGUAUCGGGCUUGUGCUGUUGGAGAGUGAACUGAUGAAGGUUGAUCUACAAAUGACGUCGGCUAGUAUCGGGCUUGUGCUGUUGGAGAGUGAACUAAUGAAGGUUGAUUUACAAAUGGCGUCGGCUAGUAUCGGGCUUGUGCUGUUGGAGAGUGAACUGAUGAAGGUUGAUUUACAAAUGGCGUCGGCUAGUAUCGGGCUUGUGCUGUUGGAGAGUGAACUGAUGAAGGUUGAUUUACAAAUGGCGUCGGCUAGUAUCGGGCUUGUGCUGUUGGAGAGUGAACUGAUGAAGGUUGAUUUACAAAUGGCGUCGGCUAGUAUCGGGCUUGUGCCGUUGGAGAGUGAACUGAUGAAGGUUGAUUUACAAAUGACGUCGGCUAGUAUCGGGCUUGUGCCGUUGGAGAGUGAACUGAUGAAGGUUGAUUUACAAAUGACGUCGGCUAGUAUCGGGCUUGUGCUGUUGGAGAGUGAACUGAUGAAGGUUGAUCUACAAAUGACGUCGGCUAGUAUCGGGCUUGUGCUGUUGGAGAGUGAACUGAUGAAGGUUGAUUUACAAAUGACGUCGGCUAGUAUCGGGCUUGUGCCGUUGGAGAGUGAACUGAUGAAGGUUGAUUUACAAAUGACGUCGGCUAGUAUCGGGCUUGUGCUGUUGGAGAGUGAACUGAUGAAGGUUGAUCUACAAAUGACGUCGGCUAGUAUCGGGCUUGUGCUGUUGGAGAGUGAACUGAUGAAGGUUGAUUUACAAAUGGCGUCGGCUAGUAUUGGGCUUGUGCUGUUGGAGAGUGAACUGAUGAAGGUUGAUUUACAAAUGGUGUCGCUAUUAUCGGGCUUGUGCUGUUGGAGAAUGAACUGAUGAAGGUUGAUUUACAAAUGACGUCGGCUAGUAUCGGGCUUGUGCUGUUGGAGAGUGAACUGAUGAAGGUUGAUUUACAAAUGGCGUCGGCUAGUAUUGGGCUUGUGCUGUUGGAGAGUGAACUGAUGAAGGUUGAUUUACAAAUGACGUCGGCUAACAUCGGGCUUGUGCUGUUGGAUAGGGAACUGAUGAGUUUUAUGGGCGUCUGCAUUGCUCUAUUUCGGCGAAUUAAAAUGCAUAUCACAAUGUUUCCGAGAACCGCGAAAGAGGCCAAAGAAAGGUUGACGGAUGUUAAUAGGACCAUUUUGGGAGACUUUUAAUCAUGAUACGCCCCAACUGAAGGAUUGUACACUGAACCCCACUAGAAGUACGACAAUUCACGUUGUAUUUGCAUUUUGAAUUAAACAAUCACCAGUGCAACUUAUCGCUAAAGUGGUAGUAGAAAAUGAUCACCAACACUCGACCAAUCAGCGCCCACCCGAAAUCUCAUAGUGGUAGUAGAAAAUGAUCACCAACACUCGACCAAUCAGCGCCCACCCGAAAUCUCAUAGUGGUAGUAGAAAAUGAUCACCAACACUCGACCAAUCAGCGCCCACCCGAAAUCUCAUAGUGGUAGUAGAAAAUGAUCACCAACACUCGACCAAUCAGCGCCCACCCGAAAUCUCAUAGUGGUAGUAGAAAAUGAUCACCAACACUCGACCAAUCAGCGCCCACCCGAAAUCUCAUAGUGGUAGUAGAAAAUGAUCACCAACACUCGACCAAUCAGCGCCCACCCGAAAUCUCAUAGUGGUAGUAGAAAAUGAUCACCAACACUCGACCAAUCAGCGCCCACCCGAAAUCUCAUAGUGAUUAAGGUGGCGGGCUACAAUUGUUUUAGUUGAACAGCUCAUCCUCUCAUUAGUUGAACAGCUCAUCAUUACCUGUAGAAGACUUAUUUUAAGAACGUUUUUUUUUUCUAGUUCUUUGAAUUUUUUAUUAGUGAAUCCUUGCUUUAUCAGAUGACGUUAAAUUAACUACUCUUUGAAGUACAAUUCUAGAUGACACAAUAUUUUUACAGUAAAUAAAAAUCUCGAAAUAUAAGUUUUUCCAAAAAAAAUUUAGGUGACUUUAUCCGACAUAAUUCGUCAACGGGAGUCUAUUUCUAGUGCGACUCUAAUUUUGACAACCGACAAAAGAAAUUGCAAACUGGCCAUUACAUUAAAGACACUAGACGACGUGAGUGUAGACAGGGUAGAUUCUGUCACGUUAGUACUUCCACGAAUACAAAAGGUUUACACAGCA